CGCUCUGUGGGGACUGUUUACUCAGAGUCGGGUUGUAUCUCUGCGCGGGGAGUGUUUACCCGCAGUCGGGCUGUAUCGCUCCUCUCUCGCUAUAUAAACCGCUCUUUUGCCGCUUUAGGGUUUGCCGGAGCUCGAGUCCGUUUUACAGUUGCUUGUAGUUUGUAAUGUGUUGCUGCUGGUAACGCGAAAUAAAAUAAAUGGAAAUCUCAGGACGAGUUUGGGAGAUUCUGCGCAGAAAAUAAUAAAACUUCCGUCGGAAACAUCAGCUUAAACAGCAAGUUUCAGGCUGAUGAAGUGCCAACAUUCAAAUUGAUCACUGACCGGAGUGGAUUGUGGUGACUACAGGGUUCCUGUGAAGAUUUCUGUAAUUGUCCUUUGCUAUGGCUACGCUUGCAGUCUCUCUUGUUUGCCGACAUGGCAGGCUUAUGGCUGGGAAAAGAGUAAAGUUCACCUGUCUCCAGCAGAAGCUUUGUCACUUUUGCCUGUUUUCCACUAUUAACAAUAAGAUGAAUUGGGCAGCAAUUGGAAGAAGUAUGCAGUUGCCAACUUGGGAAAGCUUUGGCAUUUGGCUGGAUGACCCAGUUGUUUUACCACCUAAAAUAUCGGCUCUUCAGUUUAAAGAGAAGAUUGCCAACAUUGGCUGUAUCAGCCAGAUUGGGAAAAGAAAGCAGAAUGAAGAUCGUUUCAGUAUAGCUGAACUUUCUGACGGGUUAUUCUGCUUUGCUGUUUUUGAUGGACAUAGAGGGUCUGAUGCUGCUGAGGUGUGUUCCUGCUACAUUGGACAUUAUAUUCAGCGAAACCUACAAAUGGAAACAGUUUUGGAAAAUGUCUUGUUAAAUUCCUUUCUGCAAAUAGAUAAUGAUUUUAUACAAAAUGUUUACAGUUUGAAGGAGGGUGCAUCAGGGACCACUGCAACUGUGGUAUUGCUGAAUGAAACUCUGCUUACAGUCGCAAGUGUUGGUGACAGUCCAGCUAUUCUUUGUCGUGAAGGAAAAGCUAAACAAUUAACAGAAGAUCACACCCCAAGAAGGAGAGAUGAAAAGAAAAGGAUUAAGGAUUGUGGUGGUUUCAUAGAUUGGAAUAGCGCUGGAGAUCCAUAUGUGAAUGGUCGAUUGGCCAUGACCCGUAGCAUUGGGGAUGUGGAUCUCAAACCUUUUGGAGUAACUGCUCAACCAGAAGUUAAUACAGUGGAGUUGGAACAUACAAAAGACUGUUUCCUGAUCCUGACCACUGAUGGAGUUAGUGGAAUUCUGGAAGCGCAAGAAGUGUGUGAUAUUGUGAAAAAAUGCCAGGAUCCAUCGGAAGCUGCUGCAGCUGUAAAUGAACAGGCAUUGCAGUAUGGAACACAAGACAACUUAACCACCAUGGUCAUACCAUUUGGUGCAUGGGGAAAAUACAGUACCUCACUUGCUCAUCCAAGUUUUGGAAGAAUGAUGGUUACAAGCUCUAGAUGGAGCUGAAUGCUGCACUGAUGUUGGAAAACACCAUGGUCUAAUUUGGAUCUGCAUUUUUAAGCUGUCUAGUUGCAUUUAUUUAUAACAACUGUUGUGGUUUCAGAUUUUGUUAAACCUGUUACUGUUAACUACGAGUUGAAGUUCUAAUUGCAGGAAAAAAUACAUUGUUCCUCUAUCUGAACUGCCUAUCAGUUUGUAAAUGCCAGUAUUAAUGAUCAACAUCAGUCAUUUUCUCUUUUUUACACUGGUAUCAGAUCAAGUUAGAGAUAUUGGAAUACUGUUACAAUUCACUAGGAAACUUAAGCCCUGAUGUCCAACCACCUUUUGCUCAACUAGUGAGAAUUGCCUUUUCCAAAAUUGCCUUGUAACUAUAAUGCCACAUCAGUCUAAUGAUAGGAAAAUCUGGACAAUCAUUUCACUGUCAAAAUCACAGUGGAUAAUUGGUGUUUGCUGUUUGAAGUGGUACAGCAACUUCAGGCAAGGGUGAGAUAUGCAAUUUACCUAGGAUAUACAGCACAGAAGUAGGCUGUUCAGCCCAACCAAUCUAUGCCACGUUUAUGUGCCACUUGCACCACCUCCUGUCUUUCCUCAUCUCUUAUCAUAAUCCUCUAUCCCUUUCUCUCAUAUUUAUCUAGCCUCCCUUAAAUGCAUUUAUACAAUUUGUGACCACUCCACAUUCUUGCCAUUCCCUGGGUAAGGAGGUUUUUUCUGAAUUCCCUAUUUUUAUUGGUGGCUAUCUUUUAUUGAUGACCUCUAGUUUUGCCCUCCUCAAAGAGGUGUGUCUACUGAAUCAAAAUCUUCCAUAGUUUUUAAAGACCUCGAUUAGGCCAAUCCUCAAUCUUCUGUAUAGGCUCAGCCUACUCUUCCUCUCCUGAUGGGUAUACCUGUGCAUUAUAAAAUUAAAUCUUGUGUCUUUUUAUACCCUCUCCAGUGCCUCUAAUCUCUCAUGUGACCAGAAUUGCACAGUGCUCCAGGUGUGGUCUAACCUAGGCUUGAAAGAAGUUCAGUGUAGCCUCUUUACUUUUCAAUUCUCUAACUCUAUGGUCCUGUUAAUCUGUCUCUUUUUUUGUGAUUUGUGUAUUUAUACUCUCAUCCCUUUGCUCCUCUAUUUGGAAAAUAAGAAUUGAAAUGGGGUGAUAUGCAAUCUCAAUUUCUUUGCCAAGUGUAAUACCACAAAUUUAUCUAGCUUGAAAUUCAUCUGCCAAUUGUGUGAUAUUCUGCAACUUUACUAAUAAUUAUUGUAAUUUGUUGAAAUCAUCACUUCCUAUAUUGACAGUUUCCCCCAGCCUUAAAUUUGGUGUCUUCUGCAAAUUUGGAAAUUGUUUUUGAUUCCAAAGUGCAAAGCCUAUAAAUUGUGAACAAAAUCCCCAGCACUGACCCUUAGGAAACUUCACUUCCCACCUCCAGCCACCUUGAAUAAUCCUUCACCUCUACUCAAUUUUUGUCUUGAUGCAAGUUAGUAAUCCAUGUGGCUCUUUAAUCCUCUGACUCCGCAUUCUCUGACCUUGUUAACUACUUAUUGGUACCCUUUGAAAAUCUAGAUAAAUUGUAUCUACUACAUUACCCUUGUUUACUCUUAUCACUUCAAAAUUUCCAUGAGGUUAGUCAAGCAAUACUUUCCCUUUUUAAAAUCCAUGCUGAUUAUUUAACCUAUUUUUUGGUUUCUCGAUAUUCAAUUAUCUCCUUUUUAGAGGGGAUUCUGUUCCUUUCCUACUACCACCAAUGUUAAACUGCCUGGUCUAUAGCUUAACUGCCUUGUUAAGUGUAAGUAUCACAGUAGCCAGCUGUCAGUCUUCUAAGCCUUUCUGUAAUGGAUUAUUAAAAAUGUGUAGUAAUCCCUCUG